AUGCCCCUGGGCCAAAUCGAGUUGUCGGUUACAUUUGGCAUGCUUGACAACUUCCAUACUAAGAAGCUUACCUUUGAUGUUGCGGACUUCGAGAUGGCGUACAAUGUGAUCCAGGGCCACCUAAUGCUAGGUAAGUUUAUGGCAGUGGUGCACUAUACGUAUCAGACGCUUAAGAUCUUGGGCCCCAAAGGGAUCAUAACUGUUAGGGGAGAUCAACGUGCAGCAGUCAAAUACGACAAGCAGAGCCUGGACAUGAUCGAACACCUCAGUCAAGCGGCAACCACUUUUAAGGGCGCAGAUUCCAAGCGUCAAAAGUAUCAAGCCACUGUUGAGAUUAAAGACUCCAAGCUUGUAAGUCUUUCUGAUACUUCCAAGUAUAACAAUGCUGCCAAGGUUGAGACCAACGACAGCGCCGACAACAAAAGGGGUGAUGGUAGCGUCGAGGCAAUGUCCCUCGACCUCUCUGAACCAGCCAAGACGGUUAAGGGAAGUGAUUGA